CCCGUAGCUGGCUCUCUUUCAAUAUUCUUCAAUCAAAGUUUGUCUUUAGAAAAACGUGCCUGACCAGAAUGCGCCAUAUUCAGAGAAGUCAAUUGGAGUGCAUUAUAUUUCAGUAUAUGGAGGCUUUAUUUUAAGUGCUUGUGAUCCUAUUAUGAGUCCACCAUAGAUCCUAUUUUCGUAAAAACAACGAUCCAUGAAUUAUGGACGCAUACGAUUUAUUCAAGAAGCUCUCUGUCGGAGCAAAAUUUCAUAGAAAACGUUUCAAAAGUGAUUUGAAGAGAUUUAGGUCCGUGGACCAAAUUGACCACAAAGACUUAGUUGAAAUCAAACAAGAACCCAACGACAAUGAGCUUCUUAAUACUCAUGGUAAACGGAAGCUGGAGGCAGAGGGGUGUCAGGAUAACAUAAACACUUUGACUCUUGUGGGAGAUAUUUCAGUUCCUAAAGAUGGGAUUAGGCAUAAAGAGAAGAAGCAAAAAAAACAAUUCACACAAGAAAAGCAGAUGCAACUUGAUAAAGAGAAAAUGAAUCAAUUACGUAAUACUAAUCGCAUAACUGCAGUGGGUCGACACAUUUCUGCACUCAUUGAAGAAUUUGCCCAACUCUCAUCCAGGUAUGGAGUAUCGAGCGAUAUUAUACAGAACAUAAGGAACUGUGGCUAUGUGGAACCAACUCCGAUUCAGAUGCAGGCUAUACCUAUUUUGUUAGAGGGUAAACAAUUAUUAGCCUGUGCACCAACUGGAUCUGGAAAAACUGCCGCAUUUUUGGUGCCAUUAAUCCAUAAAUUAGGUGGGCCAGAAAAGAAGGGAUUUCGAGCUAUUAUCUUGAAUCCGACCAGAGAAUUGGCAAAGCAAACAUACCGCGAGUGUUUGAGACUGGGUGAAGGACGGGGAUUCAGAGUACACAUCAUUAGCAACAUUAAUCAAGCGAUGUCCAAGUAUGGAACGAAAAGUUCUCAACAGUUCGAUAUUCUUAUCACUACACCAAAUAGGCUUGUUCAUUUGUUGAAUCAAGAUCCACCUGCAAUUUCAUUGAAAAACGUUGAAUGGUUGGUGGUAGACGAGGCGGAUAAACUAUUCGAGGAAGGAGUGAGAGGCUUCAGAGAUCAGUUGAAUCAAAUUCAUAAGGCAUGUACCAAUGAGAAUCUACAUUUGGCCAUGUUCAGUGCAACGAACACUCCGUCGGUAACAAAAUGGUGCCGACAUAAUCUCAAAGGCCUCAUCACCGUUACCGUUGGGCAGAGAAAUGCUGCGACAGAACAUGUCACGCAAAAGCUCCUGUUUGUCGGUAGCGAAGGAGGAAAGUUGGUGGCGUUUAGAAAUAUUGUUCAGAAGGGCAUGACCCCACCAGUUUUGGUGUUUGUGCAAAGUAAAGAAAGGGCCCAGGAAUUAUUUAACGAGCUGAUAUACGAUGGCAUCAAUGUCGACGUCAUCCAUGCAGACAGAACACAAACGCAGCGUGAUAAUGUGGUACGAUGCUUUCGCGAAGGAAAUAUCUGGGUGCUGAUAUGUACAGAACUGAUGGGUCGUGGAAUUGACUUUAAGGGCGUCAAUCUUGUCAUAAACUACGAUUUUCCACCAUCGGCGAUUUCCUAUAUCCAUCGCAUAGGACGUACCGGUCGAGCUGGUCUCAAGGGAAAAGCUAUCACAUUUUUUACGCAGGAGGAUACGGUAAACCUGAGAAGUAUUGCCGCCGUAAUGCGUGCUUCUGGAUGUGAUGUACCAGACUACAUGCUCAGUAUGAAGAAACAUAAUAAAAGAGAAAAACGUGAAUUGCAACGAAGAGCCCCUCCAAGAGAUAGGAUAUCUACUAUUCCAACGGAUCCUGUGAGAGAAAAACGACGGAGGCGACUGGAGCGUAGCAUCAAAGGAAAAGAAGGCCAACGUCGAUUAACCGUUACAGGUGAAAAAAAAGAAAGUGACCCCUCGAACUCUGUACUCAACCAACUCAAAAAUAGUGGCAAUCGGAAGAAUGUAAAAUUCGCUAAAACCUCGUUUCCUAGCAAAAAAGAGGUGAUACCUAAGCAAAGUGGAUCGAUUGUACUUGGUAAAGAUAGAAAAAUAUAAAUCAGAGCUGGGUAAGUGACA